UUUCUGUCGGUUCAAGAUCAUUUCGGGUCUUAUUCAUAUCCUUUGUUGGACGACACUCGGACUCAACUGCGUUCGAGUAUGGAAACUAUGGACAGAGCGCCAUAUAGUAAGGUAAUUUCUGUUGAAGAGUUGAAUCCAUAUGGAACAAAGCUAUAUGAUAUCAAGGUUGAUUGCUGGAGAAACCUGUCCACCGAUUGCAGCAAAGGACCAUACAAAAUUCUGCCUGGAGAUGUUUUUGUUUUAGCAGAUACUAGACCCGAAACUGUUUCUGAUUUACAGAAGUUAGGGAGCUCUUGGGCCUUUCUAGUAGUCACUGAGGUCUCCAAAAAUGAGAACGAGGAAGAUAGAACUGCUCUUCAUUUUAAAGUCAAAGCGUCGAAAGAGUUUGAAGUCAACCAUAGCAUUCAUACAUCACUCUUUAUGGUUUUCUUAUUAAACAUAGCUCCUUACAUACGAAUAUGGAAGGCGAUGCACAUGUCUGGAAGUGCAACAUGGAAGGUGGUAUUCAGUGAUAACUUUUUGAAAUCGUUCAAAGAACUGAAGUCAUUCCAAUUGAAGAUGUCAGUACUGAGUCUUCUACUUAGGAUUUCGGGUGGCUGGAGACCCAGGAGAAAAAAUGUGGAGAUAGUUUGUAGAAGCUCUUCCAUGAUUUUACGGAAGUUUAAGGUUGAAGGGCUAUACAUUCUCAGCACAACAGACAUAGUAAAAAAUUCCAGAUACGUUCAAGUGUUAAAAAUCUGGGACAUAUUGCCUGAUCUACAGGGUCUUGAAAAAUUGGUGGACCGAUUAGACUCUAUAUUUAAAAGAUAUACAGAUGGUUUUAUCAAUCUCUGCAGGGAGAGAUGUCUUGAGGGUGAUGUGGAAGUUCCAGCAAGCUGGACACCCUCUUUGGAUGUUCCCCGAUUCAAAGAUGUUAGCAUCACGGAAAUCCCGAAUGAUUUUGUUGGUUACUCUUCUGGAAAUACAAGUUAUGUUGAGCGUUGCGAGGUCCGCGACAGUUUGUUGCUGAUGAAAUUCUAUUCCUUGUCAUCUUCUGGGGCAAUGAAUGUCUUGCUUUCCGACCAUGAGGGCAGAGAAUUGGAUCUCCCGUUUGAAGUUACUGACCAAGAAAUGGAGACCAUCCUUUACAAUAGAAGUACAUUUAUUCAAGGACGGUCAGGCACUGGGAAGACAACAGUAUUGACCAUGAAGUUAUAUCAGAAAGAACAGAAGCACCGUAGGGCAGCAGAAGAGGGAUUCUACGGUGUUGGGAGCAAUACAUUCAGACAUGUUAGUCCGAAUAAUGAGGCUGAGCAGAUUUCUUCUUCUUCAUCUACUAAUGUGACUGCUUUGCGCCAGCUUUUUGUGACUGUCAGUCCUAAACUCUGUUUUUCUGUCAAGCAACAUAUUUCACGAUUGAAAAGUUUCGCUUGUGGUGGAAGCCCUUCAGGUCAAUGCAGUUUGAUUGAUAUGGAUGAUUUUGAUGAUGAGGAAGCACAAUUCAAGGGUAUCCCUGAUUCUUUUCUUAAUAUUCCGCCCCAAUGCUAUCCUCUUUGCUUAACAUUUCGUAAAUUCUUGAUGAUGCUUGAUGGAAGUUUGGGUAAUUCUUACUUUGAAAGAUUCCUUGACAUCACUGAACUUCCUCACAACAGACUGCAAAGUUCAAGAUCAGUUUUGCUGCAGAACUUUCUAAGCACAAAGGAGGUCAAUUAUGAGAGAUUUAGUUCAUCAUAUUGGCCUCGUUUUAAUAUCCAGUUAACAAAGAAGCUUGAUGCUUCAAGAGUCUUUACUGAGAUUAUUUCUCAAAUAAAAGGUGGUCUGGGUGCUAUGGAAGCAUGUGAUGGAAAACUCAGCCGGCAGGAUUAUGCGCAAAUGUCAGAGGGAAAGGCUUCCGACCUAGACAAAGAGAAGAGAGAUAAAAUAUAUGAUAUAUUUGAGAUUUAUGAAAAAAUGAAGAGAAGGAAUGGUGAAUUCGAUAUUGCUGAUUUUGUGAAUGAUAUUCACCGCCGUUUUAAACGUGAAAAAUAUGAGGGUGAUGAGAUUGACUUUGUGUACAUUGAUGAGGUUCAGGAUCUUGCCAUGAGCCAAAUUGCACUGUUCAAAUAUAUCUGCAGUAAUGUUGAAGAGGGCUUUGUUUUUUCUGGUGAUACAGUGCAAACCAUUGCAAGGGGGAUUCAUUUUAGAUUCCAAGAUAUACGACAUCUGUUCUACAACAAGUUUGUAUUGGAUUCAAGAAGAAAGAAGCAUAAAGAACAAAUGGACAAUGAGAAAAUCUCAGAAAUUUUUCAUUUGACAGAAAACUUCCGAAGCCAUGAUGGUAUACUGAAGCUAUUGCAGAGCAUUGUUGAACUACUUUAUCAUUUUUUUCCCCACUCAAUUGAUAAGUUGAAACCAGAAACAAUUCCAGUAUAUGGGGAAGCUCCAACUUUAAUUUACUCUGGAGAAAAUGAAAAUGUAUUUGAAACAAUUUUUGGAAAUACUGAAUUUGUUACUAGGAACACAAUUGGUUUUGGGGCAGAGCAGGUUAUUUUGGUACGUGACGCUAGUGCACGGAAGGAAAUCUCCAACUCCAUACGGAAGCAAGCACUUGUUCUUACUAUAAUGGACUGCAAGGGCCUAGAGUUUCAGGAUGUACUCUUGUACAAUUUUUUUGGAUCAUCACCCCUGAAAAAUCAAUGGAGAGUGAUAUAUGAUUUCAUGAAGGAACAAGACAGAGGUUUUCCAAGCUUUGAUGAUGCAAAACACAGCACGUUAUGCUACGAAUUAAAGCAGUUAUAUGUUGCAGUCUCUCGUACGAGACAGAGGUUGUGGAUUUAUGAGAAUGUUGAAGAGCUCUCCAAUCCCAUGUUUGACUACUGGAAAAAGAAAUGUCUUGUACAAGUUAGACAACUUGAUGAUUCAUUUGCACUUUCUAUGCAAGUUGCAAGCAGUCCACAAGAGUGGAAAGCACGUGGAAUUAAGCUAUAUCAAGAUCAUAACUACAAAAUGGCCAGAAUGUGCUUUGAAAAAGCUGGUGAUACAUUCUGGAAAAGGCGUUCUGAAGCUGCUGAACUUAAAGCUAAGGCUCACCAUAUGCGCACUUCAAAUCCUGAAAUGGCUAAUACCAUGCUUCGGAGGGCUGCUUUAAUAUUUGAAGCUAUCGGCCUGUCUGUUUCUGCUGCCAGAUGCUUUUACAAUUUGGGAGAGUAUAAACGAGCCGGCUAUAUUUAUUUGGAUAAAUGCAAUGAACCUGAACUGGAAAGAGCUGGGGAAUGCUUUUCUCUAGCUGGAUGCUAUGCGCUUGCAGCAGAUGCGUAUGCAAGGGGGAAUUAUUUCUCUGAGUGUAUUUCUAUGUGUUCCAAAGGAAAACUAUUUGACAGAGGUCUGGAAUACAUCAAAGAUUGGAAACAACAUGCAACGGCAGAGUAUGGUAAACGAGGAAAUGGGACUACUAAAACUGAAUUGGAUUUUCUAGAGAUUUGUGCAUUUCAUUAUUCUGUUGUGAAAGAUGAGAGAUCCAGGAUGGAAACUGUCAGAGACGAAAUGUUUUCAGCUCAGAAAACUUUGAAUGGUCUUCUUUCUUCAAGCACCUCUAAGUUUUUGUGGGAAGACAAAUUGAUGGAUAAUCGUAAACAGCAGUCAGAAGGCAAAAAAUAUAAGACACGGGUUUCUGCUGAUUCACUGCAGUACUUUUGGAAUUCUUGGAAGGAUAAAAGUAUUUACUUGAUUGAAUAUCUAGGGAACUUCGAAUCGAUAGACGCCAAUGAAUACAGAAAUUAUGAAGACUUCUUUCUAAAUUACUUAGGAGUAUGGAGGCUGUUUCAUGAAGAUCUGAAUCCGAUUUAUCUUUCAGUCAUCUCUGAUGUGGAUUGGAUUAGAGGUGUGGAGAAAAGAUUUUUUCGAAGUAACGGGGAGUUAGUCUCAAUUGAUGUUCACAAGUAUGUUUCAGCUGCUCAGAAUUAUUGGAGUUCUGAAAUGCUAUAUCUUGGCAUUAAGGUUCUGGGCAAACUUGAAGCUCUUUACAGGUUCCUAAGCACUCAAUCUCAUUCAAAAUUCUUCAGAAGCAAGUCUCUUAUCCAGAUAUAUGAGGUUGUGACAUAUCUUCUUGACUCUAAAUUUCUGAAGCGGAGCCUGAUAGAUCGUGACACACUGCAGAAAUUUGUUAAGUUGUCGGGUGAUAAUUUUGUUUCCUACAUAUUUCCUUUAGAUUGGAGGAAAUCAUCAAGAGAGAAUAUGAUAUCUCUUCGACGGUCUGAAGCUUGUAAGAAUUUACUGAAACAAGUGAUAGUUGAAUACAUGAGCUCAUCCAAAGACCUGUCUUCAGGGAAAAUUGGAUACCUUGCUUCAAUAAUUCUUGCGUCUGGUAAGCUGAAUGAUGAACUGUGUGCGACGCUUGUGAAAAAUAUUGAGUACAAUCCACUAUGGAAGGCGUUCAUUGAAAAUCUAUGUGGCAACAUCCAAGAACCAAGAGUGGAGUCUCUUUUGUUGACGUUUGGUGAUGCGUUGUUCAAAACUUAUAACGAAACUAGGAGUGCACAUUACUACAUAUCACCUAGUUGCUUCUUGUAUCUUGUUGAUCGCCUUCUGAUUUGGGUAUCUCUGUGUAAAGGUUAUGUGAUCACUGAAAGAUCUUGCUUUAUUGAAUGGCUGAUAUACCAUGAGAAAGAUACCGGAUUUAAUUCCUGUGAAGUUUUUGAUGUGCGAAUGUCUUUUGAAGUCAUCCUUCAGUUUUUGACUGAUGUUAUUCGGGAGUGUCUCUUUGAUGAGGCGACCAUGAUUGAGUGGAUUGGAAAUUUUACCACAUAUUCGAAGAAGUAUUAUUUGCUACUAAUGCAAAGAUUGGUUAUGACAUUGUGUUUGCUUUAUUUGAAUUUUGGGAUAGGUUUUGAUAUACUCUUAGAUCUGAAGAAUUGGGAAUAUGUCACUGAGAAUCUACUACCAAGGGAGAUCUCUGCUGCCCUUAGAAGAAUUAUUUCUGUACAGAAGUCUCUUGGUAUAAAUGUCAAUGUGCUUCCACUCAAAGAAAAUGUCAAUGUGCUUCCACUCAAAGAAAAUGUCAAUGUGCUAGCUAAAGCAUUUAAGAAGACCGGCAGUGCUUUGGUAAUUGCAACUUCUAGGAUUGAUUGUUCAAUGUUCGUCUGUUCAGAUGCCCUUUUUGUCGACAUGAAGGGCAACCUGGGCAUGGUUGAUAUAUUGAGACAUUUGUUUCCAGAACAAUAGAUGGUUGAAGCUUCACAAGGUCAAAGCACUCACAUUUUGACAGAAGUAACCUCCCAAAGGAUUCUCAUUGCUUCUUGGAAAUAUUUGAGGGUUUCGUUUUGGUUAGAAAAGUAUUUGAAGGUUUAAAAUUAGUAAUUAGCGUCUGUUUUAGUUUUCUAUUUAUAAAAAUUAUGGUUUCGGUACCUAAUAUGAGCAACUGUAUUGAAUUUUUAUUGUUUCUU